AUGGCAGUCAGUAAAGCGGCAGCAGCACCAGCACCGGCGUCUCGGCCGCUGCGGUCGUCCAAGCGCAAGAGCGGCGGCUCUGUUGCCGACUUGCAGAGCACCGAGCCGAUGGAGACCGAUGUGGCGAGCGCCGCCGCAUCCGGGCCCGUAUCCAAGCGGCGCAAGCUUCCGGUGCGGACGAGGGCUGACGAUGCGGCCUUGGCGGAAGAGACAGGACAGACUGUGGAGGACGACGAGGACGACGAGGACGUGAGCGACAGCGACAGCGAUGACGCCCCCGAAGCCAUCUCCACCAGCCAGGCGGUCGCGGCUACCCGGCAGUCGGCCCAGCGCGCCAGCCAGGCGGCCGAGAAGCUGGCUGCCGACCAGAGGCGCCGCCGCCAGGACCGCGACGCACGACUCAAGGAGCAGGCGGCCACACGCAAGGCGCGUGAGGCCGACGAGGAAAAGGAACAGACAACAGCAGCAGCUGUGGUAGCAACAAAGGCCAAGGCGGACACAGCACCAAAGCCCAACAAGGUGACGAAGCUGUUGCCGCUCGAGUUCCUCGAAUCCGACGACGAGCAGUCCGACGACGACGAGGCAGAAGGCGCCAAGAAACCGUCGGCCACUGGGACGGCGGCACGACGCAGAAACAUCGCCGGCAAGCUGCCGCCGCGCGACCGCCGCCAGGGCAGCACCGUGUACCGACUGCUCACCGACGGCGGCCCGCGGGCGCUGGCUCCCAAGAUCCGCAAGUACUCGCGCAACGUGCGGAAGGAGCUGGUGGCGCGGAAGCGCACCGGCCGGCCGAUCAGUCGCGGCUUUCUGGUCAAGCGGUAG